AUGGGCGACUCUUCAGAAAUGGUGUUGGUCACCAAGCCUUCGUCAAUGAACAAGUUCGGUGCCUCUGCAGCGGGUUCAAAAACCACUGCGCCAAUAGAGGCAGACCCUUACAGAUAUCAGCUGGGAUUUGGCAACUACUUUUCGACGGAAGCUGUUCCAGAUAUCCUCCCCGAGCCCGGUCGGAACGUUCCUCAAAGAUGUACUUUCGAUCUGUACUCUGAACAAUUGAAUGGGACCCCUUUCGUAUCAUACCGAGACACCCUUCAACAUGUGUGGAUGUAUCGCAUAAGACCAUCCGUUGCACACUCUCGGCCAAGGCCAAUGGCUCCUACUCCUGAUCUCGAGGCAUGCUUUUCGAAACACAAUCCCAACGUACAAUUCACCCCUCUCACCUAUGAAUGGGGUCCGUUGGAGUGGCCAGAAGAGAAUGAAUCUGUCACUUUUAUCCAAGGGCUCAAGACUAUCGGUGGAUGGGGUGAUCCGACUAUGAAGGAAGGCCUGGCAAUGCACAUGUACGCUUGCAACGCUUCGAUGAAGAACCAAGCAUUUUGCAACAACGAUGGAGACUUCCUGAUUCUACCACAAGUAGGUAGACUCGACAUUCAGACUGAACUGGGCAGACUCAUGGUUCGGCCUGGCGAGCUUUGUGUCGUUCAAGCGGGAUUGAAAUGGAAAGUGUCAUUGCCAGAUGGCCCGGCAAGGGGAUACGUGCACGAAAUCUUUGGCUCACAUUUCGAACUCCCUGAUCUUGGAGUCAUUGGCUCGAACGGGUUGGCCCAUCCCCGAGAUUUCGAGUACCCUGUCGCAGCUUUUGAUAUGGACGACUCGAAAUGGGAAGUCGUCUACAAACUUACCGGUGAUCUAUUCUCAUAUAAACAAAGCCAUACUCCCUUCGAUGUAGUAGGCUGGCACGGAAGCUACGUACCAUUCAAGUACGCAAUGGAGAAGUUUGUGCCGCUUGCAUGUGCGAUGAAAGAACAAUGCGAUCCCACCAUCUAUACGGUCCUGGUCGCCAAAUCGAAGACGCCAAACGUGUCUCUGUCAGAGUUUGCAGUCUACACGGCCAAGCACAUCACAGCUCUGGAUACGUACCGCCCACCAUACUAUCACCGAAACAUGUCCACAGAGAUGCUGGGCAUGAUCUAUGGAGAGUAUCAUGGCUCGGUCCGUGAUGUUCAAGCUGGUUGCUUGAGUUGCGAAAACUCCUACAUGCCUCACGGAGAUGCGUACAAGGCCUGGAAAGAGGCCACGACGAAAGAAUUGAAGCCUGAGAUUAUGGGCGAGAAUGCUCUGAGCUUCAUGUUUCACUUGAAUAACCAUUUCAGUUUAACGCGAUUUGCCUUGGACAGAAACCCAAGCAUCAAGCAUAUUGAAGGGUACGAAGGCGACUUUUGGGAUGAUCUCCAGGGCCAUUUUAUGGAACACCUGGAUGAAGUUAACGAGAGACUUGCUGCAGCUGGACUGCCGCAGUUGGGCCAAAAACCAGCAUAA